AUGUUGUCUGUGUUUAUUUUGUUGAAUCUUCUUCAACGAAUUCACUCAGGAGGUACCCCUAUUACUGAAUGUAAAUCUAGCACCGCUCCUGCUCGUCCUGUACCACCUCCAUCUGCUUGCAAAGAUAAGGAUACAAUCAUUUGCACUGCUGUUUUUGCCCCAUUUGGUGCAGAUGCAGCUGAUAAUGCAGAUCCGUCUAAAGCCUUCCUGGUUAAUCCAUAUUGUCUCAACGCAUCACUUAAAGCACAAGCAGAAGAAACAUGCCCGUCGUCCUGCGCAGUAUGCUGCUUAACACCUGCAUUUAAAUGCAACAAUGCUGCGGGCGCUGAUUGUACACCUUUUACUACUUUGCCUGAACUCUGCACAAACCCGCAAACGGCGCCAACAGCAUUGGAAAGGUGCCCUAAAGCAUGUGGUUUAUGUAACAGACCUGGAGCACUUGGUGGCUGUCCAGACGUUGUUACGAACUGUGCUCAGCUAUUGCCCCUUUUGACAUGCACAAAUCCAUAUAUGCAGGCGAAUUGCAUGGCAACAUGUAGAAUUACAACUUGCAUAUCAACAACGGGAGCAGCGGGAUCGUCGUCGUGCACGGACAUUCGAGCUAACUGCGCGCAAAUGUCAUCUUAUUGCAAUGUGCCGCCAUAUUCGACCGUUAUGAGCCAACAAUGCAGAAGAACUUGCCGCUUAUGCACGUAA